AUGUCAUCUGCGUGCUCAUUCAUGCGCAUAUGCACGAAGAAGGAGCAAAAUCGAUCAUCAUCAAUCCACCUCUGUCUACAGAAUGUUCUGCGAAUAGUUGGAGAUAAGCUCAAGGAUGCUUCUCCCUUUCAAGACCAAGUUGUCGAAGAGAAGUACCAUGAAUUCUUCCUCCGCUCACUCAUAUGUCUAGGCAACCUGGGAUCAUCAUUAACGAUGGGCAUAUCCACCGUGUAUCACAUCGGGGUUCUGGUAGUGAGGUAUAGAGGCAGGGGCAUCACCAACUUCGACGAUUAUCUUUUUGCGAUCCGGCUAGCAAUUAUGCUCAUGUUGUGGGUUGGGCUCUUACUGUCCUCGCGCAUGUCGGAGAAACAAAGGUACCGCAUUGCCGUCUUUGUGAGGAAAGUCGUGUUCGUGAGGUUCUUCGUCUUCAUGGGGGAGCUCGUGCUGAUGGAUCUCAACUUCGAGCGAGCCAAGCUCACAUCGUUUCUCUUGACUCUCAGCUUCGUGCUUACGUCCGAUUCUUACCAGGAGCACAUCUUCUAUACUGGCGUGCUGGCAUACGCGGGACACUUUGCGAGAAUUGUCAUACAAAGGAAUCCGCAACCGUGGACUGCCGAGAUAGAAAACAUUCUAUUCUCAACCUUCCAGUACUUCUUUUGUAUGGUGCUCUUUGCGGUCUCUCAAAUCAAUAGCCGGGCUAGAUUCCUUCGCAGUUAUAGCCAGGGCCAAUCCUACAGCGCAUCAAAAUCCAGAUAA